GCGUGGUUCGUAACAUGCGUUCGUAGUGGUUUUGGGGGAAUUCAUAUCUGCAUUUCACUUUGUCUAGCCUAGCCUACUGUAAAGAUAUGGCUGCUACAACAUUAUGAAGACGACUUGAGUUCACACAGAUGAAAUAGGCUACACGAGGCGACAGUGUCACCUAUAGGCAGAUCUACUGUGCGUUUGUUUGUUACCCCGGUCAUUAACCUAAUUGAUUGCCAAUGCGUUUGGUUUGAACAGGUCCUUGCCGUUGUCCUGUGUAUCACACAUGGUAUCGACAUUAUAGCCAAGCAUUAGCCUACAACGUUAGUUUUACCCGUCUGCAACUCUAAUGGACACUUCUCAGAAUGAGCAGACGAAAGUCCCGAAGUGGCCGCGGUUGACAAAGUUCAUGUUGUCUGCGUGUGCAGCCUCGGUUGCUGAAUUUGUCACAUUUCCACUGGAUCUGACUAAAACGAGGCUACAGGUGCAAGGCGAAGCAGCUGCCAGGCGUACCGGUGUGACGUCCACCUCCCAGCCGAGCUACAGGGGAAUGCUCCGGACUGCCAUUGGUAUUGUUCAGGAGGAGGGUCCACUGAAACUAUGGCAAGGCGUCACACCAGCAGUCUAUAGACAUGUUGUGUAUUCAGGAGGACGGAUGCUGGCCUAUGAACAGCUGAGAGAGCACGUUCUCGGGAGAAACACUGAUGGAAGUUUCCCCUUCUGGAAAGCGGUGAUCAGUGGAAUGCUGGCCGGUGCCAUGGGCCAGUUUUUGGCGAGUCCUACAGACCUGGUGAAGGUCCAGAUGCAGAUGGAGGGCAGACGGAUCCUGGAGGGGAAGGAACCAAGAGUGCGGGGCGUUCUCCACGCCUUCGUGAAGAUUUUCUCAGAGGGGGGAAUCCGAGGUCUCUGGGCCGGAUGGGUACCCAACGUCCAGAGAGCCGCAUUGGUCAACCUAGGAGAUCUCACUAUGUAUGACACUGUGAAGCACUUUCUGCUGAGAAAUACCCCAGUGGAAGACAACAGUAUCUGCCACGGGCUGGCCAGUAUCUGUUCCGGUCUGAUGGCGGCUACAAUGGGGACACCCGCUGAUGUGGUCAAGACAAGAAUCAUGAACCAACCGAGAGAUUCACAUGGCAGGGGCCUUUUGUACAAGUCCUCCAUUGACUGUCUGAUCCAGUCUGUGAGAGGAGAAGGGUUCUGGUCUCUAUAUAAGGGCUUCCUACCGACCUGGAUGAGAAUGGCUCCCUGGUCCUUGACCUUCUGGCUGACCUUCGAGCAGAUUCGCAAGGGCAUGGGGGUCUCCUCAUUCUAACGCCUGCUGCCAAACUUGAAGCCUUGAUACAGUAUACCUCUUAAGUACACAGUAGGCAUAAGGCCGUCAAACUGUACAUGGAAGAGAAGGGGAACCCAGCCUUCAGUUUUCUAGUGAGCAUAGCUGUUUAUGAGCAGGGCAUUGGCAAUGGCUCAAUAAAGGUCUUCAAUGCCAAGAGACAUUUUGUUGUCAUAACAUGUCAAUGGAACAUGGUCAUGGAAAUCCUAAAAAAAUCUAAUUAAAAAAAAGUUACAUUACCAUUUUCCAACCCUGGAGAAAGUCAUGAAAUCUUUUUGGAAACAUACUUUUUUUAUUGAGGUUUUGUACUGCAUAUUUAUAGUGACUUAAAGGUAAACUAUACAAGAUUUUCACCAUAAUAACCUUAACGAAGCCAAUUUCAUGGUAAGCAAACUUAUAAUAGAGGAAUCGUUCACCUAGCAUAGCCAUGCAGCACAGCCGUACCUAGUCGCUAACAAGAGAACCAGCCAUGCAACUUCAAGAAUAGCGGCCCGAAGAUAUCUCGCGAGAAUUGUGAAACAUUACCUUGUCAGUAGAUAUAGCUCUUUGGACAUAGUUUUUGCUCGUUGUCAAUCAAUCACCUCCACAACAAAAGCAUUUUCAUUGUGUACAGGGUGAGUGAAUGCUCGCCACACAAACCUGCUAAUUACCACUCUCUUCCUCGUCUGAAAUAUCGAUUUGUAGGCAAAAAUCCAUAGGAUAAAAAAAUGCUAAUUUAAAAGAAAAGUAGUCAGAAGGAUCGAGAGGGUUUUACCUCUGAACUCUUCAUUUCUUUUCUUCAUUCUUGUUUAUGAUUAAAGUACAAUCUGAUUCUGAUUCAUUAGGCACUGUUAAUACAUGGCUAAUACACAGGUGCGGUUAAUACAUUCAUUUGCAUUACACAUUGUCCUGUGAUGUAUACACAACGCGGCUGUACAUUACUGUAAAGAGGCACAAUCUGUGGACAAGCACACACUUAUAUGCUAUAAAUUAUUAUUUACAGUCCUUGAAAAAUCCUGUAAAAUUAGGAACCCUGAUAGAAGUUUAGUUAGCGUCUCAGUGGUGGUGGUUGGUAAUGAAGUUUAUGGCUUAACUAAUAGCCUGGUGGUCUGUGGUGCCAUGACUGCCUACAUGCUGGUUAAAGAUAGAUAGAUACUUUAUUGAUCCCCAAGGGGAAAUUCAAGUUGUAUUGUAUGUAAUAUCAAGUUGUGUUGAGCUUGAGAGGCUUCAAUCCGACCCUCUGUUGCAGUUUCAUUGAUGACUGAAAUGAAACUGAUGCAAUACAUAAAUACAGCUUGGACAAGCAAACCGCAGCAUGCUGUUCUGAAAUAAAACCGGUAAACACAAGAUUUGUUUUUGUUUGU